AUUGUAUAAAAGACUGACAGUCGACGCAUCAAAAUCAUACGAAAAUCAUUUCUUCUUACUUAUUUCAAAGCAACUCAGAGAAAAGCCCCACCGAAAAAAUUUAAGGUUUAAUACACAAACAUGGCUCUGGAUAAUACUGGAAUAGCUAAGGAUGUUACUGAAUUGAUUGGUAAUACACCAUUGGUGUACUUGAACAACAUUGUUGAUGGUUGUGUUGCUCGUGUUGCCGCCAAGCUGGAAUCGAUGGAGCCAUGCUCGAGCGUCAAAGAUAGGAUCGGUUAUAGUAUGAUUACGGAUGCUGAAGCGGAAGGGCUCAUCACACCUGGACAGAGUGUCCUCAUCGAGCCGACAAGUGGCAACACCGGUAUAGGGUUAGCAUUCAUGGCAGCAGCAAAAGGGUACAAGCUAAUAAUCACAAUGCCAGCUUCAAUGAGUCUCGAACGGAGAAUUAUUCUCCGUGCCUUUGGUGCUGAGCUGGUCCUAACGGACCCCGCUAAGGGAAUGAAAGGUGCCGUUUCAAAGGCUGAGGAAAUACGCGACAAGACUCCCAAUUCUUACAUCCUUCAGCAGUUCGAAAACCCCGCCAAUCCCAAGAUACACUAUGAAACUACUGGACCUGAGCUGUGGAAAGGGACGAAUGGCAAAAUCGAUGCGUUUGUUUCGGGUAUUGGUACGGGAGGUACUAUUACUGGUGCCGGAAAAUAUCUUAGAGAAAAGAACCCUGACAUAAAGCUGUAUGGUAUUGAGCCGGUUGAAAGUCCAAUUCUUUCUGGAGGAAAGCCUGGCCCACAUAAGAUUCAAGGAAUUGGUGCCGGUUUCAUCCCCGGUGUUUUGGAAGUCAACCUUAUCGAUGAAGUUAUUCAAGUGUCAAGUGACGAGGCCAUUGAGACCGCGAAGCUUCUUGCGUUGAAAGAAGGGUUGUUGGUGGGAAUAUCAUCUGGUGCAGCUGCUGCUGCUGCAAUUAGGAUUGCGAAACGGCCUGAAAAUGCUGGAAAACUCAUUGUUGUUAUUUUCCCGAGUUUUGGAGAGCGAUAUCUCUCUUCUAUACUGUUUGAAUCGGUCAGAAAAGAGGCUGAGAACAUGACUUUCGAGACUUGAAUCAGUGCAUGCAGCUUUCGAACAACGGGAUGGAGAUAACGUGACGAUAAAUUUGCAAGAUUCGGAUUUUCAAGAAUUUAUCAGUUUCUGUCAUGUUAUUUUAUUGUCGUUUGCGCAUUGUUUACUUGCUUUUGUUAAUUAUCCUUCCGUGUUUUGAAUUUCGUUGAAAUAAAUUUGAAUAAUGUUAUUUUAUUUUUAGUUUUAAUUUUAUUUUUCCAGAG